AUGGUGCAUGACAUUUGGGCGGUUUCCCUCCAGCUCUCGAACUUCAAUAUCCUAGUUGCCGUACUGGGCGGCUUCGUCUCUCUCUUUGGCAUCGUGUCGUAUCUCCCAAAGGAGAAUUAUUAUCUCUCUGAAGCUCUGGGCGUCGGCUUUGGACCAAAUGGGGCAAACUUCAUCCGCCCGAGGGACUAUGCUGAGUGCAACCAAAAAGGAGUCUCAGUCAUCGAGUGCCGCGACAACCUGAACGCCAUCACGCUCAAUUUCUCGCGACUGGUUUUGGGCGUCCAGCUGGUUCUCGCUGGCGUCCAGCUCCCCAGCAAGCUUCAGAAUCUCUUCAUUGCUGAGUCGGGCACCAACGACGGGCUCGGCUACCUCUUCUUCUUCUUUGCACUUUAUCUCAUCAAGUAUGUGGGUUCGGGCGCCGCCGAAGACAGCGCAGGUGAUGCCAUGGGCCUGUGGUUCGGCUUCACCUGGGGAUAUACAAUUAUCCUCAGCGUCUUGUACGGCGCUGCGGUGGGCUGGGUAGGCAAGAAGUUGUUGCACUGGGCAGAGGAGCGCAACUACGUCGACCGCGAGAGCUUUCUCGUCUUCGCCAUUGCCCUCGCUCUUUUCGUCUUGGGUACGUGCGGCCUUGUUGGUACCGACGAUGUCCUUGCCUGCUUCAUCGCGGGAAAUACAUUUACAUGGGAUGAUUGGUUCCGGCUACAGACCAAGGAUGACUCCCUUCAGCCGACAAUCGACAUGCUCCUGAACGUCACUAUCUUCUUGUGGUACGGCGCCUACCUACCGUGGGACCUUUUCGGUGAUAACAAUGUCAUCUCGACUUGGCGCCUCGUAGUUCUUGGUCUCCUGGUUCUUCUCCUGCGACGGCUGCCUUGGGUGCCAUUUUCGUGGGGUUCUUUGGACCCAUCGACGUCUGCCAUCUUCUACCUGUUUGUGAGCAUGGAGUUUAUUGAGGAACAUUUGAGUGACGCGGACGGUAUCCCUCGAAGCGAUGUCAAGGACCUUGGUGAAACAAUUCGAGUCGUCGUCUGGUUCCUCGCAGUCUGCAGCAUCGUCGUCCAUGGUCUAAGUAUCCCUCUGGGAAAGGCAGGAUACCUCGCGCCUCGGGCCUUUGGCCGGGUGCUGAGCGAGACUCUGAGCGAUGAGCCGCGCGCGGUGAAAGCUCGGCGCAGGAUCCCGGUUCUGGGAAAGUACCUUGUUAGAGAGCGUCGCGACCUUGAGUCCAGGCACGUUCAACGUACUAGCGUAAUAUCGCGCCCGUUGGACCUUCGUCACCCUCACUCGGAGACAAAUACCUCGGUUGAUUCAUUGCAGGCAGCUGUCGUACCGAGUCGCGAGAGCCAUAUUGAGGUCGACUCGCGGAGUGUCACCCAGGUCCCAGUUCAGCGCGAGCGGGAGAUUCCGUUUCGUGACGAGACCCAACGGCUGAAUUGA